GUGGAGGAGAAGGAGAUUGAUCUGCGCCGAGCUUUCCACGCCGGAAAGGGCGACUGUUUUGGGGGAUCGGCAUCCGAUGGAGGAGAAGAACGGCGUGGCGAUCUGUCGCGCCGCCGUAACGAUGCCUGGAUUCUUCUUCUUCUUACUCUUCUCUUUCCUAUUCGUCUCGUGGAUGCCUGGAACGGAAGCUGUUUGGAUAAACUUGCCGGCGGGCGGUACGAAGUGCGUUUCGGAGGAGAUCCAACCUAACGUCGUCGUCCUCGCUGAUUACUCUGUAGUUCCCGAGGACUCUAGCCAAGAGCACCCCACGAUCUCGGCCAAGGUCACAUCUCCUUACGGAAAUUCACUUCAUCAGAAGGAGAAGAUAACAAGUGGCCAGUUCGCAUUCACAACAUCAGAAGCUGGCAACUACCUUGCAUGUUUUUGGAUUGAUAGCAGCAAUAAAGGUGUAGCAGCUAAUGUUAUUCUUGAUUGGAAGAUUGGUAUUGCUGCUAAGGAUUGGGAUUCUGUUGCUAAGAAAGAGAAGAUUGAGGGCGUUGAGCUUGAGCUUAAGAAAUUGGAAGCACAGGUGCAGGCAAUCCAUCAGAAUUUACUAUAUCUCAAGUCCAGGGAAGCUGAUAUGAGAGAAGUGAGUGAGACGACAAAUGCCAGAGUUGCAUGGUUCAGCAUCAUGUCCCUUGGUGUAUGUAUUGUGGUAUCUGUCUUGCAGUUGUGGCAUCUUAAAAGCUUCUUCCAGAAGAAAAAACUGAUCUAGACUUAACCAUUGAAGCAUGUAGAAUGAGCAAAAAUCAAGAAACAAUUGGUAUGAAUCGCUGUUUUUGUGUAACAUUUUUCUUUAUAUGCAGAAUUAUUCUGAUCUUAAUCUACAUUUUGGAGUUUUUUUUUU